AUGGAUGAUGUCUCUUCCUUUUGUGAUAAAUAUGAAAUAAUGAUUCCAAAUAUGGACGCUAGCUACUUUCCUGGAAGAUCGAAGCGUAGAUCUCUUGAUAUUAACUAUUCUCAUAAUUUGCGCGUUGAUAUUUUUAUGCUGUUAUUGAUUUACAUCUUCAAGAGCUUAAGAAUCAUUUCGAUCUUUGUGAGUACUGACUUACUUCUCGGUAUGGCUAGUUUGAAUCCAGUUAAUUCAUUCGAAAAUUUUGCUAAGAACAGGAUAAUAAGGUUGGUCGAAUGUUAUAUGAAUGAGUUUGAUAGUAGCAAGCUUUGGGAUCUCAGUUGUCAGCUUAAUAGUUUUAUAGUUUAUGUUCGUGGUUCUGACAAGAGGUUCAUCAACUUGAAGGGAAUUAGUGACCUUGCAAAAUUGUUGGUUAAGUCCGAUUUGCAUCAAACCUUGUCACUUGUUUAUUUGCUUAUCAAGUUGACUCUCAUUCUUCCCGUUGCUCUUUGCGUCUGUGGAACGGGCUUUCUCUUCCAUGAAGUGCAUCAAAAAUGA